CAAAAACCAAAAGAAGAAAGGGAUUCACACAGAGAAGCAUCUGGAGAAGAGAGAAGCUGAAAAUCUCGCACAGAGAGAGGCUGCUAGGAGAUCGAGUGCGCGAAGAGCAGAAAACUUGCAGAGAGAUAAUCGAGAGCCAGCGAUGACUGAUGUUUGAGAGGAAAUUGGAGCAAUUUUUGAGGGAGGGUUAAUUUUCUAAGCAAGAGUAUAGGAAUCCGGAGGAGAGGAGAAAGCUCGAAAUUUUGGGACGAAAUCGAAAAAGUGAAAAUGGCGUUAACAAAUUUCAUACUGACUGUUGCGGGAGUUGGUGCGGUGGUACUUCUGCUCAGGAGUGAUGUUAAGCAAUCUGCCGCCAUUUUCAGGCGCAACGUCAAGCAUAUCCGUCAGUGGCUUGAGGAAGAAUCUGCUUCUGCUUCCAAGGCCGCAGAGAAGAUGAAACCCAAAGAACUAGAAUCGAAGGUACCUGAGAAGGAUGUCCGCAAGGAUCAUUAGGUUUGGGGAUUGACAGUAUGUAUAAGAUCUGCAGUAUUUUUCCCCUUUUGAGUAAUAAAACUUGACUUUUCGUAAAUAGGUUACUCUUGCAGUUCCUUACUGAGUUUUCUGAUCCAUUUUUUAUGGAUGAAUUUUGUGAAAUAUCUAGCACAGAAACUUUAUCAAUUCAGUCACGAGGAAGAUGGCAGGCAAUGUUUUGUUGAAA